UGUUUCCUCCUCCCUCCGCCUGGUUUUACAUGGUGGAGAGCGGAGGCUUCUCUUUCUCCUUCCUGCUCCAGACCCUGACAGCUCCAGGGGCAGGGCCCGGGGAUCCGCUCCGGCGGCGGUGGCGGGAGUAGGCAGUAGUGAAAUCAAAGGAGGAGGAGGGGGGGAUACUCAGCCACCCCAACAUGUCCUCCUCCAGCAGCCAGCACAGCACCGAGCUCAAAUCCGAGCUAUAUUUCCUCGUUGCCAGAUUCCUGGAAGAUGGACCCUGCCAGGAGGCAGCUCAGGUCCUGAUCCGAGAGGUGGAAAAGAAAGAGCUGCUGCCGAAAAGGGCGGACUGGACGGGCAAGGAGCACCCCAGGACCUACCAGAAUUUGGUAAAAUAUUACCGUAAUUUGGCACCUGACCAUUUACUGCAAAUAUGCCAAAGGGUAGGGCCACUCCUCGAGAAAGACAUUCCUCAAAGUGUCCCUGGAGUCCUGACACUAUUGGGAGCAGGCCGCCAGUCUCUGCUUCGCACAAAUAAAAGCUGCAAACAUGUUGUUUGGAAGGGUUCGGCUCUUGCCGCUUUACACUGUGGAAGACCCCCAGAGUCGCCAAUAAAUUAUGGUAAUCCAUCAAGUAUUGCAAAUACCGUUUUUGCAAGAAAGCUAAAUGGAAAGUAUAAGUUUGAGAACUUGGUCCCCACAGCGGUCUAUCAGCACAUGAAGAUGCACAAGCGGAUCUUGGGACAUCUCUCCUCUGUUUAUUGUGUGACUUUUGAUCGAACUGGCAGAAGGAUAUUUACAGGUUCUGAUGACUGCUUGGUAAAAAUAUGGGCAACAGAUGAUGGUCGUCUCCUUGCAACUUUAAGAGGACAUGCAGCAGAAAUCUCUGAUAUGGCCGUGAAUUAUGAAAAUACAAUGAUAGCUGCUGGAAGCUGUGACAAAAUGAUCAGAAUCUGGUGUUUAAGGACAUGUGCACCACUAGCCAUUCUACAGGGUCACAGUGCAUCAAUUACAUCACUACAGUUUUCUCCAUUGUGCAAUGGAUCUAAAAGAUACCUCUCUUCUACUGGAGCAGAUGGAACCAUUUGCUUCUGGCUUUGGGAUGCAGGGACUUUGAAAAUAAACCCUCGGCCCACAAAGUAUACAGAGCGACCUCGACCUGGUGUUCAGAUGAUUUGUUCCUCAUUUAGUUCGGGUGGGAUGUUUCUUGCUACAGGGAGCACUGACCACAUCAUUCGGGUUUAUUACUUUGGCUCUGGUCAGCCGGAAAAGAUUUCUGAACUUGAGUUUCAUACUGAUAAAGUGGACAGCAUCCAGUUUUCAAACACUAGUAGUCGGUUUGUAAGUGGUAGCCGAGAUGGGACCGCUCGUAUUUGGCAAUUCAAGAAAAGGGAGUGGAGAAGCAUUUUACUAGACAUGGCUACUCGACAGACUGGCACUCAGAGUGUGGAAGACAAGAUAACCAAACUAAAAGUGACCAUGGUGGCCUGGGACCGUCAUGAUACCUGUGUAAUCACUGCAGUCAAUAACAUGACUUUAAAAGUUUGGGACUCCUACACUGGGCAGCUCAUCCAUAUCCUUAUGGGUCAUGAGGAUGAAGUUUUUGUGCUUGAAUCUCAUCCUUUUGAUCCACGGGUGUUGUUUUCAGCAGGCCAUGAUGGCUAUGUCAUAGUUUGGGAUCUAGCACGAGGAGUCAAGAUCCGGUCUUACUUCAAUAUGAUUGAAGGACAAGGGCAUGGAGCAGUUUUUGACUGCAAGUGUUCUCCUGAUGGGCAGCACUUUGCUUGCACGGACUCGCAUGGUCAUCUGCUGAUUUUUGGCUUUGGUUCAAGUAGCAAGUAUGACAAGAUAGCAGAUCAAAUGUUCUUUCACAGUGAUUAUAGGCCGCUUAUUCGUGAUGGUAACAACUAUGUCCUGGAUGAACAAACACAACAAGCGCCACACCUUAUGCCACCACCAUUUUUAGUAGAUGUUGAUGGUAAUCCUCAUCCAGCCCGAUAUCAACGCCUUGUUCCUGGCCGUGAGAACUGCAGGGAUGAGCAACUAAUCCCUCAGAUGGGUGUAACUUCCUCAGGGUUGAAUCAAGUUCUCAGUCUACAAUCAAAUAAUGAAGUGAGUCCUUUGGACAGUCUGAUACAACAACUGCAGCUGCAGCAGGACCAGCGAAUAAACGCAGAGACUGGGAAUAGCAGCAGCCGCAUGGCUAGAGCUUCAGUGAGCUCCACAUCAGAAGUUCAUUCUCCACCAAAUAUUGGCUUAAGACGCAGUGGUCAAAUUGAAGGUGUUCGACAGAUGCACAGCAAUGCACCAAGAAGCGAAAUGGCUACUGAGCGAGACCUUGUAGCUUGGAGUCGUAGAGUGGUAGUCCCAGAGCUCUCCCCUGGGGUAACGAGUAAACAGGAAGAAUGGAGAGCAGCAAAAGGAGAAGAGGAAAUACAGCUGUACAAAUUAGAAGAGAGAAAGAAAGCACUCAAUCACACGGUUAGAGAGAAUAAAGUAUCCUCUUCUUCAAAGAACCACUCUCAAGAGCUGUCAUUAGAACAUGGAGAUUCAAGAAGACAGCAGUCCAACCAGCACAACUAUCGCACUAGGGCUACCCUAGAGGAACCUGCUGAGCAAAUGGAGGAUAUGGAGAAUGAAAAUAGCUCAUCUGAUGAUGCAGAUGCUGAAAGCGAAGCAGUAGUGGCCAGUGGUGCAACAUCAGAAGAUGAAGAAAAACCAGACUGGAACAGUGAUGGCAGUAGUUCAAGUGACUACUCAAGUGAUUACUCAGACUGGACUGCUGAUGCUGGAAUCAAUCUGCAACCACCAAAGAAAACACCUAAGAUUAAAAGCAAAAAAGCAGAAAGCAGCUCUGAAGAUGAAGAAGGAGCUGAAAAAUGUAAACAAAAACAAAGUAGAAAGGAAAGAAAGAAGGCAGUUGAGGAGAAAGAUGGACCAUCCCCAAAGAAAAAGAAGCCAAAAGAAAGGAAGAAGCGGUUACCAGUUGCAGCACUAACUGAACAAGGCUUGACCCUCGAAGAAUGGCUGCCUUCUGCGUGGAUUACAGACACCGUUCCAAGGCGAUGUCCAUUUGUACCGCAAAUGGGUGACGAGGUGUAUUAUUUUCGUCAAGGUCAUGAAGCCUAUGUAGAGAUGGCCAAAAAGAAUAAGAUUUAUCGGAUCAAUGCUAAGAAACAACCCUGGCAUAAAAUGGAGUUAAGGGAACAAGAACUCAUGAAGAUUGUUGGUAUUAAAUAUGAAGUUGGCCUGCCCACCCUCUGCUGUCUUAAACUCGCUUUUCUUGAUUCAGAAACUGGUAAACUGACCGGAGGAGCAUUUACAAUGAAGUACCAUGACAUGCCAGAUGUGAUAGACUUUCUUGUUCUGCGGCAGCAAUUUGAUGAAGCAAGACGCAGGCAGUGGAGCAUAGGCGAUAGGUUUCGGUCAGUGAUUGAUGAUGCCUGGUGGUUUGGAACUAUUGAAAGCCAGGAACCACUUCAGCCUGAUUAUCCAGACAGCCUGUUCCAAUGCUAUAAUGUCUGUUGGGACAAUGGAGACACGGAGAAGAUGAGCCCUUGGGACAUGGAAUUUAUACCCAACAAUGCUGUGUUUCCUGAGGAGCUGGGCACCAGUGUACCUUUGACACAAACCGAGGUCCGGUCGUUGCUCUACAGGUCUCUGGAAGGAGAGUGGGGCACUAGAAGUAGAGAUGAAGAAUGUGAAAGGAUCAUUGCUGGGAUCACCCAGUUAAUGACUUUAGAUAAUGCUUCUUCCUUUGUGGCUCCUGUAGACCUUCAAGCCUACCCACUGUACAGCACUGUGGUGGCAUACCCAACUGACCUCAGUACAAUUAAACAGCGACUGGAAAACAGAUUCUACAGACGUCUCUCUUCAUUAAUGUGGGAGGUGCGAUACAUAGAGCAUAACACCCGCACAUUUAAUGAGCCUGGAAGUCCAAUUGUGAAGUUGGCCAAGUUUGUCACAGAUAUUUUGCUAUAUUUUAUAAAGGAUCAGAGUUGCUACGACAUCAUCCCACAGUACAACAUCAUGAAGAAGAAGGUUUUGUCAGACUCAGAAGAGGAAGAAGAGAAAGAUACAGAUACACCUGUGACUUCCACAAGGAAAAGAAAGGAGUACCAGCCAAAGCGGAAACUGCGCAGCAGAGCUCAGGCUUAUGAUCUCCAGUCUUGGAAAAAGCAGUGCCAAGAGCUGUUAAAUCUCAUUUUCCAGUGUGAGGAUUCUGAACCUUUUAGACAACCAGUUGAUCUUGAUGAGUACUCUGACUAUCGAGACAUUAUUGAAACGCCAAUGGAUUUUGGUACAGUAAAAAAAAAAUUGGAGGCUGGAAAUUAUGAAUCUCCCUCCGAACUGUGCAAGGAUGUGAGGCUGAUUUUCAGCAAUUCAAAGUCAUACACACCAAGCAAAAGAUCAAAGAUCUACAGCAUGAGUUUGCGGCUCUCUGCAUUCUUCGAGGAACGUGUUAGCACCAUUUUGUCAGAUUAUCAAUCCGCUAUAAAGUUUCAUCAAAGGAACACAAUAACAAAACGGAAGAAGAGAAAGAAUCGCAGCAGCUCUUCUAGCAGCAGUGCAGCAUCUAGCCCUGAAAGGAAAAGAAAAUAUAUAAGACAUCAGUCCAAACAAGAAACCAUGGUGAUGUCUCCAGGACCAGCACCACAACGUUUAUUCGCUCAAAAAGUACUGAUAAAUGGCAAGGGGACAGAAUCAAGUCCUGUGGCUCGAACUCGAAGUUACAGACGUCACAUAGAGCCAGAUAUUGCUGAUCAACCGUCUACAUCUUUGACGCCUAAACUCAUGGUGACACGACCAAAUAAUGCUGCAAUUCCAGGAAAGUCUGCAGUACUAGAAAACUCCAUAAAACAUCCGAGGAGUCUGGCAGCAACAGCUAGUGCCAGCCAGCCCACAGUCAGUCAUCUGGCAAAGAACAGUAUACACAAAGAAAACCUGGAGAAAGAGAAACCACUGAAGCGUAGGAUGAAAGGGUUGUCCAGCCCAUCUCAAGCUGAAAGAAAAGGUGACAUAUUGCCACCAACAAAUGUUAAGGUCAAUGGACACAGCAGCCUUCCCAACAAGCCCGCUGUGAAGGGGCGCCCUGGCCGUAAACCGAAGAUUAUCCUUAAUAAUAACAGUAACAAUGACUCCAACAAUACUGUUCAAGUUGUACCUAAGAAAAGAGGACGAAAGCCAAAAUAUCCAAGAAAUGAUGACCAGCAGCAAAUUGUACCCCAGAACACUCCUCAACCUGUUCUUAACACACUCAAAAAGAUUAAGGAACAGCCUACUUCUUCCUCGUGCAAUACUCAUACAGAUUUGAACAUUAAGAGUGAGAAUGAGGUGCCCAAAAAACGGAGAGGUAGGAAACCAAAAGUAAAAACUGUGCCACCGGAGGCAACUCCUUCCCCUCCCCCUCCCUUUUUACCAGUCAACACUGAAUCACAAUUUGAAAGAGAAGAAAAUGUCAAAAUACAAACCAGAAGUAAAUGUAGAAGGCCUGAAGAGCCGAUGGACAUAUCUACAGAUGCAUCUGAAGGACUUAACCAUUCGGAAUCCCAAAUGAGAACUAGAAAUCAGGGAAGGAGGACUGCCUUUUACAAUGAAGAGGAUUCUGAAGAGGAACAGAGGCAAUUGCUAUUUGAAGACACUUCUUUAACGUUUGGAACCUCAAGCAGAGGAAGAGUACGGAAAUUAACAGAGAAAGCAAAAGCAAAUUUAAUAGGCUGGUAAACUUACUCGAAAUGCAGCUUUAAUAAAGAACAUGUAAUUUUCUGCUGCUAUAAAGGAUUGAAAAUGCUUCUGGGGGAAGGGAAAGACAUUUUUUGUCAGAUUUGUUUUAUUUUUAAAGUUUGCUAUUUAUUGCCUAUGGAUUAGGUUUAAGCAUUCAGUAUGUGUCGCUCUCAGUUUAAGAAAGUUUAGGCCAAACUUUGCUCAGUGCAGCCACAUUGAACAGCUUGUAAAAUGCAUUCUUGGAUUCUGCACAGAUGACUAUAAAAAGACCUUCAAUAUCAACUGAAUAGAUAUUUGACUCCUGAUGGUACAUUUAAUUAAUUGCAGAAUUGCCAUUGGUUUGGGGGGUAUGCGGACACUGGUAAAUGGCUGAGGGAAAUGUCCUAGCACAGACAAAUAUAAAGUUACUAAAUGUUACCUCUAAAGUGGGGCACAAAAUACAUAAUCUUAGUAGUCAUUGUGCGUUAUCUUAUUACAUAGGCAGUGAAAAAUAUUAUAUAUACGUAUACCAAUGUAUAUUUAUAUAUACUUAUAUAUCCACAUUGGAAAAUAUUUCAUUUGUCUAAUUUUUCAGACCAUGAUUCUAAUAUCAAUAAAUCAGAUUAGUGUGCCAAAGACUGAGACUGAAUGCAGCUAAAGCCUACAAUUUGUGUCAGAAUAGCGCACAAUCUUUGUGUAUAUAACAGGUAUACAAACAACUUGUAUAUUACUUUCACAAUCCUGUAAGCUGUGCUCACUUCUCUUGUUUUGGUACUUUUGUUAAUAAAUUGCAGUGGCAGGGUUCUUUCAAGAGACAUUUUAAAAUGGUCAAAACUGUAAUAGCUUGAGAGUUAAAUGAAAAAUAUAUAUAUAUUUUUUUUUGUUUUUGUUUUGGUGUUUCCCACUUACUGGGAAUUUCCAGUAAAUGUGAGUUUUAGAAAUACUGAUUAUUGCUUUCAUCAUGUUGCCUAGAUUUUUUUUUUUAUUUUUUUUUACGUGUAUAACAAAAUCAGAACUUUCUUAUUAUUCCUAAAGUUUGUUUUAUCAUAGAUCCUUCCUGUCUAGACAAGAGGAGAAAAAAACAUGACUACAUUUAUAUUUAACAAAAUGUAUAUUGGAAUGUGGCUUUAAAAUAAAAGCUUUUUUAUGUUUAUUGGCAACAUAUUGUGAUAAUCAGUAUUGUGAAUGUUUUAUGGUUUGAAAUUGUACUGCUACUUUGGGAAACUACCUUCCGUAAAUGUUUAUUCCAACGUGCUUAACUGCAAAAAUGUGUACAUAAUAAAACAUGUACAUGUGUACACAUGUAAAUGUAACACAGCAUUUUUAUAAUCCAGGUAUCAAAACUUUUACAUGUUUUUUUUAGGCAGACCUAGAAUUGAAAACUAAAUUUUAAAAUGUUAAUGUGUAGUUUGAUUUUAAAGGUUAGGUAGGUUACUUAAAGGUCAAUCCAUUUUUCAUGUAGUUUUGAUUUUAUAAAGUAAUGUCAAUGCACACUGUUUUAUUUUUCAUUAAUGCUGUUCCUUGGUAUUUCUACCACACUGACAAGAGUAAAUAGAAAUUUUGAGCAAAAUAUCAUUUAAUUUGUGUGCCUUGGAUUUUUUUUUUUUUCUACAGAAAUCCUGUAUAAUAAAAUUGUCUAUUUUAGCUGAAUGUAUUAAACAAUGCA